AAUGGCAUACUUUACUGUUGUGUCAAAUCAUGGUAGUUAUAGAGCAACUUCUCAUGAAUUCAAAUUGGUUUUUCUUCACCGAACCACUGUUGUAGCUGUUGAUGAAGAUGUUAUCCCUAAGACUUGUUUCAACAUGUUUUCUUUUUCUGAACUGCUGAACAUGACCCAAGAUUAUGAUUUUUUAGUUGGUGUGUCUAUCUUCUUGGUUUGCUGUUAUUCAAGUUUUUUUAACAAAUGCUUUCAAUAUUUAAUAGGUUGUGUUUAUUUAGAAUAGAUGUCAUUGGCCUUUUAACUUCAGUGAGGAAAGAGAAAGAAUAUGCAAAAGAGGAAAAAAUUGUGAAAAUGAUUGUGCUUGAAUUAACUUCAAAAGAUCUUACAGUGCGAUGUGCAUUGUUUGGGGACUAUGUUAAUCAAGUAAAUCAUUUCCUUGCUUCUGGCUAUGUGGAGCAGCCUGUUGUGGUGAUUCAACUUGCUAAAGUCAAGUUCUUUAGGGGUCAAGUAGGCCUUCAAAAUGUGAUAUAUGCCACUCAAAUAUUAUUUAAUCUUGAUUUUCCUGAAGUUGUUGAAUUCAGGCAGAGUAUGAUUGAGCAAGGUGUCAAUGGUACCCAACCACUGUUUAUUGCAAAUGAAGGUAAAAUUGUCUCCUUGGAAGAUGAUUUCAUGCAUUUAACUAGAAAAUGUACUAUUGAAGAGCUUCAAGAUAACAAUGAGGAGGGUUCUUUUAUCAUUUUUGGUACAAUCCAAGGUAUUGUUGAGGAUGGAGGUUGGUGGUAUUCUGCUUGUGUGUGUGGAAAGGGUAUCUAUCCUCAAAAUGGUGCAUAUUACUGUGAUUUUUGUUUGAAGUACAUAAUUAAUGUGACUCCAAGAUUUAAAAUUAAAAUAACAGUUGAAGAUCAUAGUGGGGAGGGUAUUUUCCUUUUCUUUGAUCGUGAGGCAUCUUAUUUGCUUAAGAAAUCAUGUGCUGACUUAUUUACCGAGCUUGUAUGUGGAGAUACUUAUCCUCCCCUAUUCCAAGGGCUCAUUGGAAAGAAGUUACUGCUGAAUAUGUGAUGAUCCCACCAUUAUUGCCAUGUUUAAACUUUUCAAUUAUGAUGCUGAUGAUGAGUCUACUCCAAAAAAGGAGCCUGAUUUACACAAAUCUGUUCCCUGUGGAGAAGGGGAUAUUGGUAUUAAGAAGGAGUCAUCAAAGACUUUUAUCAAAAGUGAGAAAGUUGCUGAUGAAAAAACACCCAGCAAUGAUACUGUUAGUGAUGAUCUUUCUGCUGAACUGGAUAUAUUGCUUAGCUCACCAGAAAAAGAAACUCAGGAGGUGUUGUCCCACAUUAUUGAUGCACCUUCCCAAUAUGGAGAGAAGCUUAUUCAUGAAAAUCAUGUUGUCACCUCCAAGGGCAAGAGGAAUCUGAAUCCCCAAUUUGAAGAGGCGGCUGCUGAUGCAGAUGGGCAUGGGUUCAAGAUUGCCAAGGUUAAUGGAGUUUGAUUUAAGGUGUGGAAUUGAGCUGCUGUGUCUAGGUGUAGGUAGUUUAUAUAGUAUAUCUCCAAGUGUUUAAGAAGGCUUGUGAUUCCAAAUACAUCGAAAUGUAAUCAUGCUGGCUGGAUGGUAUUUUGAUUUGACCUUUUUGGAUUGUGUCCAUCAAAUAGGAUUGUCAGAUAUAGGGGUUUUCUUUUUGUGUUGGCUCGGGUCAUCUGCCAACUAGGUCUAUUCUCAACUCCUUCUUUUGUAAUAGUGACUUUGCUAGGGAUUGGACACAUUUUCAAUGUUGUACCCUCUUUAGGUUACAUACUAAGAUAUGUAUUCAUAUGUUGGGAUCCUCCUUAUCAUAGGAGAGAUAGCCAUAUGUAAUUGUGUAUAUCACUAUCAGUAUUUUAAUGAAA